AUGGUUAAGUUCUACGAGAAUACGUUUAGCUACGACUACCAAUGGCCCGCCGUAACGCUCGCCUACUUCCUCCGCUAUCCUAAUCCGUACUCCACGCACGUCGUCUCAUCAGACACGCUGUCCAGCCACAUCGAUCCCACCACAGGCAACCUGCACAUCACGCGGCUGCACCUGAAGCGGGGGAAGCUUCCCGCGUCGGUCGUGCGGUUCAUCCCGAAGAUCAAAGAGUCGUACAUUCUCGAGAAGUCGAUCGUCGAUGCGCGCAACCAGACACUAUCGACAGAGAACCGCAAUCUCGACUGGGACGGGGUAUUGAGCGUGGUCGAGAGCCAGGUGUACUCGCCCACGGUCGGCAGGGAGGCUGAGACCACCGAUGUCAGGACUGUCGUUAAGUUCGAGAGCAAAUUUGGCGCAGCUAGACGCCAGGAGGGCGUGGAGAAGCGGGGCUGGCUCGGCGGUUGGGGCACAGGCGGCGUUCAGAGAAGCAUUGAGCUCGUCGGAAGGAGCAGGAUGUGUGAUGGCCUGCAGAAGAGCCGCGAGGGCAUGAAGAUUGUUCUCGAACAGUUGAGGGAACGUGGGUUCGUUGGCGUGGUUAAGGAGCAGCGGCAGGGCGGGUGGGAAAGGUGGAGGAAGGUGUGGAGAGGGGAGGGCCAGACUGAAGAAGUCUAA